AUUCUGGUUGCAUUUAUCGACUAAAAAGUUUUGUGGCCCAAUAACAAAUUGAAUCUUAAUACGUUUCUUCUUUAACUGAAAAAAACCUUGCAAGUGUAUAAAAGAAAUUAAGUUUGACAAACGAAACUAAAAAAGCUUUAAACAAGGGAGCAUUCAACUGAAACUCUACACACAACAACAGCGCAUUGUGAAGAAAUAGGUUGAAAAAUCGCAUGCCGGGUCAUAGGAGCAACACGUGCUGGAUUAUAAAAACCAAAACAAAACGAUAUUAAAUUGAAUGCCCUAGAAGGGACAAUUCGAGUAAAUAAUGGGAGGUCAUCAUAAGAAGAAUCUGCGCGCCGAGAAGGCAAAAGUAAAGCUAAAGGGAGCCAAAUUACCUAAGGGCUUGAAUGUCACCAAAACUGACUUUAAGGUUCGCAAAAUUGAAAUACGCGAACAGCUGAGGGAGUCGCUAGUCAACGAAAAGGGGCAACGGCAAUUGAACCUAAAGGAAACCCUCUCACGGCUAAAGCAUCACAGCAGCAAAUACAAAUCGGAGGCCUUACGGAAUGUCCGAGAUUCUAUAAAGAGUGGUCAAGCGGAACAUUUGAUCGGUCAUCUGGGCGAAUUGCUUCAGGGCAUAGCAUCGGGCUCCUUGGACAUUGAGCAUGCAACACGAUUGGAGUCAUUCAAGGCCUUGGAUAGUCUAAUGGAGGCGCUGUCACCAGAAGCGGUGGCUCCGUUCUUUCACAUUUUAUCGAGCUAUUUGAGAUGUGCCAUGACCCAUAUACAGCCGGCCAUACAGGAGGAUUCGCUGCUAAUGCUGGACGUUCUGUUGGAACGCGUCCCACCCAAAUUGUUGGCCGAAAAGAGCUCGUAUAUUAUAAUUGGCAACUUCAUUGAUAUGAUAUCACGUUCCCGCCAUGAUCAAGAGAAAAGUAAUCGCUUGUUAACCCUUAAUUUGGGCCAAGGUAAAGAGUCCACCAUCAAAUGGCGUACAAAAGUAAUGCUCAGAUUGGAACAGAUUCUCAAGACAUUAAAAGAGGAUGAUUCCCAUGUCACGCACAACUCCAGCCUCAACAAAUUAAUCCACUAUGAUGAUCAUAAGCCUCAAUAUUACAAUGUGUUGUCACCCUUUAGAGUGGACAUAAGAGAGCUUUAUGCCAUUUGCCAGGAGAAGAAUGUGAAAGGAAAAAGCUUGCAACUGCAGCGUUAUGUGGAGCAACUGAUGCCCCUUAUUCAGGACAAUUGGCUGGAGGUGAGACCACAGCAGCAACAGCAACAACAAAAGGAUCAGCAGCAGCAUCAUCAUCAAUUACUGCUCAGCAUGGAUGCGGCAGCAAGUCUAAGUGUCUUGGUAAAUCUAAUGACACAAUUGUGGUCUCUGAUCCACCAAUACGAGUCCACAAAUAAUACCCAAGAGUUAAGUAAAUGGUUGGUGGAAAACUACUCAAAGAAAUUCUUGAACAACUUUCUUGAGAACGAUGCCUCCAAUUUUCCGUAUCAUCAGAUGCCUGAAGUCAAGAAGAAAUCCGGAAAAUCUUCACUGAUUGGUGGAGAAUAUUGCUAUCAGCAGAAUCUAAGCUUAAUCUACUUGACCUGCAAAUUUUUGCCCCAACCCAAUCAAGCCAAAUUAUUUAAAAAUCUUAUCAACUAUUUGCAUAUAACUCUAAGCCAUCUGAAGACUCUAAAUCCCUUCGAGCAAUUGCAAGUGGUUGAAGCUUUGCGUUGCAUUUUAUUAGAUUUGGAUUUCGAUCUUCUAGAUCUAGUGCCACAGGAACUAAAAGAUCUGUUGAGCUUCUCAAUGGAGGCGUAUGAACAACAAGGUUUUACCACACGUGAGGGCGUGGCCAAUCGUAUGCUCAGUUUGCUAAGUGAAGUUAUUCAACAGGAGCGACUAUAUAGAAAAUUCGGUGGCAAUGAAAAGUUUGUGAACUUUCUCAAUUACCUGCCUCAAUUGCUGAUGAAGCCCUCAAUAAAUGAGGGUACGCUUAGGGCCAUGGCCACGUUGAGUCGUCAAAUGAAUUCCACAUUUUUGAAUGCUCUCAUAGUUUCAGCUCCGCAGAUCCUUCAAAAUUUGGAGAAAUUGCAAAUCGCAGGCGGCGGUCAAAUCAAGUACGAGAAUCAAACGCGUAUCUUGAAUUUUUUUUACUAUGCCAAGCAACUGGAGGGCAAUGGAGAUCAAUUAAGAACCAUUCUAGCUGAAGUUCAAACAAAGAACCAAAUCGAUCAAGAAUUGAUGAGCUAUUUUCAAUCGUUAAUUACAUAUAAUUAAGGACCUAAGUUAAUUAUUUGUUUGUACAUACAAAAAAAAGAGAAAUUAAAAACUUAAAUAAGAAAAUACAAAAA